UUAAUCACAGUAUAUGCAAAACAGUGCUACAUUUCAUUUGUGCUCCCUGCACAGCCAAGAAAAUGGCUGUUUGUUAUAUUUGGGAUUGUUAAUUAUGAGUGGCACUAGCUGUGUUUCUGCGGUCAGUAAUGGUUGGCACAAGAUUGAAAGUAAAGCGUGGACUUCCUCAUAUGCUGAGGAAAGUUCUAGAGCUUUAGAGCCUAGGUUGCACUUUAACUCAGUAUGACUUAUGGUGGUAUUUCUCCUGAAGUUGCUUAGACUUUUUAACUUACCUAUUUACACCGUGGUUCAGUUACGCAACUUAAGUGAUGUGUGCCCUCUGGACAGUAUUAGACAGUGUUCUAGAAACAGAUAAACGUUAAUCCUGUCAAUCCGGGCUUCUGUCACAUGGAGCAGAGGAACUAGACAUGCAAGAAAACCUUUGGGAAUGGCUACUUGGGGUCUUUUAGCAAAAGUUAGUUGAUAUGCUCUUUGAUGUUCCUGUCAAUUGUUAAGAUUACACUGCCACAACAAAAGGAGGUAUUUUCCUUGCAUCACCUCAUACUUUUAGACUUUGAACUAAGUUCUAGCUCUUUCUCUAGGUAAUAUGUAAUUUGAGCUUUCGUAAUAUCUAUCUAGAUUUAUCUAAAUGUCUGUAAACAGGAAGCUCCACAUUUAUUAUGUAUCAUAACAGUGGCACAAGCAGAUGACAAUGCAUUACUAGGAAUUCUGAAUCCCACUUAUCUUAAAGUGCCCCUAUUAUGCUAUUUUAAAGGUUUCUAAUUUUGUUUUGGAGGUCUCCUACAAUAGGUUUACAUGCAUCCAAGUUCAAAAAACACUUUUAUUUUCUCAUAAUAUUGCACAUCACCUCAUUUCUCAAAGAGUCUGAAACUAUAUGUUCGAAGAUCCUGUCUCUCAAAACCCAUCCUUUCCCAAGCCUACUCUGCUCUGAUUGGUCAGAUGGCCCAGUCUUGUUGUCAUUGGGCUACCACUUACAGCACAUGUCGGAAUCGAAACGCCCAUUACCAUAUCUGAAUUUCAACUCCAGAGGCUUCUUCAAUCCUCAGUGAUUGUACACACUGUCAGGACAGUAACAAUGGCAUUGAUUUUACCCUACCAAUUUGAGACUGAGGUAGAUGAUGAAACAUUGGAAGAACUAGUUGAUCAACCCAAACCUCCAUCACAAGAACAACUUGAGCAUGACGUUUCUAGUGGUAAGUUUUUACUUAGUUUGCCGUACAUUAUGAGAUGUAAUUCUUUAAUUCCUCUACAUCAGCAUUAACAACUGUAUUUCCAUCAACAAACCGAUGUGUAUAUUUCUAAUUUGUUGAAGUGCACAUGUGGAAACUGUAUCCUUAACUGUAAAAAUAACGGAACAUACGUUAGCCCAGCACUAACGUGAAUGACUGAUGUAACAUUAUAGUUUGUAAACCAUCCUCCAUCCUUUAUCAUAACUCAAGGUAGUAAGAAAUAUUAAUUUCCAUCAAUUUUAGGUAAUAGUGGGCCCACAGUUGAAAAGCAGAACUAUUUCAGCAAGACAGUAACAUAGGUUAGCCGGUUAGCUAGUUCACUGGGUGUACACAGUAUGAAACACAAAACUAAGUAUUUUGAACACUCAGUAGAAAAUAUUUACAUUAAUAAUGAAUCAUACUUACAGGUUGUGAUUCAGAGGAGCAAGUUGGCGUUUUGCAAAUCCCGAGUUGACCUCGCCCAGAUUUAAGAAGCAGUCGUCAGUAAAAUGACACAACAAAAGGUCAUAUUGCUGUGAUAAUUUUAACCAGAAUUUGCUUUAGCAGUGCAGAAAACAUCAUCGUCUCGACAUGUCGACAACACAAACCAACUACAGUGUUUGAGGGUGGGUCCAAGUAGAUAUUGUUUGUGGGCAGCCAGUGAAGACCAUAGGAUGGCAUUAUGCAAAUUUGUUUCAUACAGGUACGUAAAUAUGUUAUGGAAGUAAGACUGGAAUUACUGAUGACUCGUUUCGACUGUUUAAAAUUGAUUCUUUCUUUUUGGAGACAAUAACUUUAUUUGUCAUACGCUUUGAUCUUUAAAAUUUUGCAGACCUUUUACUUUCACAAACUUACACACUACAUGAAAGCAUAAUAUGGGCACUUUAAUUUAAGAAAUAUAAAAAGGCAUUACUUUCAUAGUUUACUACAACACUGUCAUGCCACAUUUCAUCAGUCCAAUAUUGGUGUAUUUUGCAUCAUUUUGUGAGGCAUUUUGUUUUGUGAAACUUAAUAUAAUUAUUUUUCACAUAUAAUAGGCCAUCCUGAUUUUAAUUAAAAUCCUUUUUGCAUAUAUAUAUUUACUGUAAAAAUGAAAAGUUACUUCAGACACUAUUUGGUUGCACUAUAAUAGGUAUAUACACUAUUGUUUGGGGGUUUGGGGUUGGAAAGUGUCUUAUGCUCACCAAGGCUGCAUUUAUUUAAUCAAACAUACGGUAAAAAAGUAAUAUUGAGAAAUAUUAUUGCAAUUUAAAAUAACUGUUUUCUAUUUCAAUAUAUAAUUUCUGUGAUGACGAAGCUGAAUUUUCAGCAGCCAUUACUCCAGUCUUCACUACCAAUAUAAUCCAUAUUUACUUACUAACUAAAGCUACUUACUUUAAGCAGCUUUAUUAAUUUAGGUUAUGUUUUUUUCAAUGGAUAUCUCACAUGCUUUAAUAACCCUUACAGACUUUAUAGAAAACAUUUGAAAUGAGAGGUCUAAUUCCCUUAAUAUACAAAUAAACAUCAAGCUCUAUGGUGAAUUCUGUUUGUUGGCAUGUGCUGUGUCUCAUUGACUGUUUUCUUUCAGAUGAAGAUUCGGUUGAAAUCGACUGGCUUUGGAAUCACAUCAAGUUCAGCCUUUUUCCAGGACGCUAACAAAUUGCUUCUAAACGAACAAGCUAACUGGGUGCAUCUAAAGGAGUUUGCCCGGAAAAAUGCUGCCAAUGCUCUUUCUGUUGCCAACAUGCUCAUGGGCAUGGCCUCAAUCCUCUGCAGUCUCAACGGCCAUCAUCAUGCUGCGUGCUGGCUGGUUCUGAUCGGUUACCUGCUGGAUUUGGCAGAUGGAGCGGUUGCUAGGCAACUGAAUGCCUGUUCUGCACUGGGUGCAAAGUUGGAUGAUUUUGCUGAUUUCACAACAUUUGGAAUAGCAACAUCUCUCAUCUUAAGGACACCUAGUCUACUGGAUAACAUCCUGUGCAUGUUGUAUGUGCUGUCUGUCUUUACUCGUCUCUGCUUCUUCUCUAGUGGAAUCCCGUUCAUGUACCGUGGGCUACCAUGCAUCUACUCCUCUGCCAUCCUAGUGUGUGUUUCUCUGCUCACUGGAGGAAAUAUGGCAGUACUGAGAAUCCUAGCAGUGGCCAUGAUUAUCUUCAUGGUCAGUCAGAACUUCUACCCACAUGACAGAGUACUGGAGUCUCAGGCCUGGAAGAAGGUGAUCUACAUCGGAGGAGUUGCCAUGGUUUUUUGCUCAUCCUUCCCUCCAGCUUGUGUUUACUACUUGUUAUGGUCAGUUUCCUACAUUCUGUUUCCAACAACCCUUUGGAGCUGCAAAGUGUAAAGGGGUAAUGGCCUGCAAGGCUCACUCGACAGAGAAAACCCCCUUGUGCAUCUGCAAAGGAAAAUCAAACCAGUUUAGAAACUGAGAAAAAUCAUAUUUUUUUUUUUGUUUUGAGGUGAUGAGCUUCAUGAAAUCUACAUGAUCUACAAUAGGAGGCCUACAGAACGGACAUUUUGAUUGCUGCUGCUGUUUCAUCGCUAUGGAUGAGAAAUGCUCUUUGCCUCUGCUUCACACAUAUUGUCAUGUGUUUGAAGGUCAUGUUAACACAGACACAGUAGAUGGUCUCUGAUACAGUAUGUAUUCAGACUGAAUCAAAUCUGAAAAGGCAGAGUAGAGAUUUUCAAAUUUGCUGUGGAAUUUAUAUUCAUAGAAUUAUGGUUAUUUUUUUAAAAUGUUGGUUAUUGUUUAAGAGACUGAUCCGAAAAAGACAACUCAAAAUAUAAUCAUAAUCAUAUUUUCUGCUUUCUUUUUUUCUGAUUACAUUGCCCUUUAUUAAAAUAAUUACCAUAAGGGAAUUUUAUGCAUAUGAUCUGUCAUUUCAUGUAAAAGCACUACUGUAUGAAUAAGGAAGUGGCUCAUGUAGUUUAUCUGGUGCCUGAUUGAUCAACACUUCAUGUCCCAUUUAAUAUUAGGUAGGUCUUUUAAAACAAAUGCCUUGUAACAUUAUGAAGAAUAUGGCAGUUGGUUUAAUUUUGAUAAAUGAGUUUAUCUGUAUCAGCUGGCCUCUGUUUUAAGGGGUCCUGCUUUUUGACUCACGGUAAUCAGUAAUUACUUGUUUAGCAAGUGAUCUUCCAUUGGAUUUGCUAUGUACUGUUCACAGGUUCAAUGGGAGAUUGGUACCCUGCAACAUAACAGUAUUGAGGCAUUAUUUUGUGUUCUGUGCACCACUUGUGGUUACUUUUUAUUAAAAUUUAGUUGGUGUUAAAAAAAA